AUGUCUCUCAAGUCGACGCUGCAUACAAUUGGACGUGGCUUGUACGACGCGGAGACGGUGGGUGACGCUGGUCGGACGGUCCUGCAGGCGUUGCCAGCGUGGGUGCCGUGGGUGGGCGCUGGUGCCUGCAUCACAGCGUACGUUGUGACGUUUCGUGUGCGUCUUUUUAUUGCCCGGUGGCGCCGUGCGGCACGGUGGCGGGUGGAGCGGAAGUACAUGGCGCUAGGGUUUCUGCACGAUUACGCUCAGCCUCCGGGGAUGUCCUUCACGCUGGUUGGGGAGGACGAGGAGGACGAGGAUGGCGAGGAUGGCGACGCGACUGCCCUCAAGAUGUCUGACAUUGAGGAGUUUUGCUGCAGCCUUGGCAUCCGCUCUCCGCGCGACGACGACCUCCUGCUGCUAGUGGAAGAGAUGCUGCUUGUAGACCCCAUCCCCGACGGUUGGGUGCUGUACCGCACCACCGCCGGCCUCGUGCGCUUCAUGAACGUCAAUACGCAGGAACUCUUCUUCUUCCACCCUGGCAAGCUCGAGGAGGAGCGGCGCAUACGCGCCGAGCUGAAGCUGCGCAACAGAGUCGUCAUGGAGGCGAAGUUCAACUUUUUGGGCGGCGAUGAGGAAAGUGGACGCCGCAAUGGAAACAAUUAUUCCUUUUCACUGCGGAAACAACGACAUAAAAAAUUCAGUGAUACCUGCAAUGCGUGUAGCGAUAGCACAGGUGGUGGUGGGGCGACGUUAAGCUUUAGUGACGAUGGCGACAAUGAGGUAGACGGCAGGGAUGAGCAAUCAACGUUUCGGCGACUGUUUCGCUACUUCCUUGAACGUGAAGAGCGUAAGAUUGAAAGGGAUGUGGAGAAGAAGCUUGGGGUGUUGCCCGCCGCCGGCAGUGGCUCUCUGGGGGCGCCGCAGACAGAGAGCCGCAGCCUGCGCGUGCUUCCAGCGAACUUGGUGCACAGUAGCGCACACCUAAAGCGGGUCACCGCCAGCUGA